AUGUGCGAGGCGGCGGGCAUCGAGGACUACCAGCUCAUGGAUAUGGUGGACCAGGGAGUGUCCGGCUUGGACGAGUCGCGGCCGUACGCGAUCGUGCUGAACGGCAACUACGCUAGCCUGGCGCCGUACUAUGGCCCGGUGUUUGAGAAGGCGGUGAAGGAGGUGAGCCAAGGGCAGCUUCGGCGGUUCACCGUCGAGCCGGAGCAUUUCACCGCCGAGAAUGUGUGGUUGCCAUGCGUGCCGAUUAACAUCGACUCUACUGGCUCCGCAACGCGGUCAAGCGAUGACAAGCCGGUCGGACUGAAGAAGGCUCAUAGGACGGUGGGCGGCGGGAGCCCGGAGACCAUGCCGGAGUAUUCAGGCAACCAGCACGCAAGGGUUGAGGAGCAGUGGCCUCGGGUCAUCCUCGACGGCGUGGCGCAGCACGCCAAGUAUAACGCCAUCCUCUACCAUCCGGCGAAAGCACUCAAGGAAGAGCUGUGCGGGGCUAGUUGCGAUUUCGAGGGCUAUUACAACCAGUUCCACCAGGCAGUGUACGAAUGGGCUCACAGUUGCUUCGCCAUGGUCACGCCUGAAGGGAAGCUGGGGGUCUUCAUGUCGGAGGUCAUGCAGUUUGGCAGAUCUUACGGUCCUGCCGUGGGCCAAUCUAUGAUGGACGCGAUAUGCGAGAUCACUAGGCAGGAGUUCGACCGCGGGGACCGGCCCGUCAUCCAGGCGGCGCUGCGCGCGGAGGCGCGCCAGAGUGGGCGCCGGCGAGGCCUGGCCGGCCCGUUGAGCAUGUGGAUGCGGCGGCGGGAGACUAUAGCUCGGAAGUUGGUCGACGAGGAGGAGAAGCGGCGCGAGGCCAGUGGCUACUUUGAGGUGAGGUCCAAUGAUAGGCUCCAGUGGAGGGCAGCCCGCUUGAAGCGGGUCAUCACGGAGCAGCAGCGCCUCUACGCGUUGUGCACGCGACUAGGUCCUGCGGAGAUGGGGGAGCCGGCGGCACCUGCGAAUGGCCGGGAUUGGUUAUGGAGUACGGGCAUGACAACUGAGCAAGCAGACAGCAAGUCUGAUGCACAAUUUAUGGCACGCCUGACUGUGGGCCUCACGGGAGAGCAGGCAGCGAUCGGCAACCAAGUGGUGGCGAAGCAAGCCAACGACCGUGCCGAAAGCACGAAGAGGAAUCAAAAGUCAGCUUGGUCAGGAAAGGACGGAUGGCUCACCUUUUGUGAUGAGUAUGAUGUCAAACCUGUGCGGGUGCAUGAAAGUGGACCAACUCCAGAGCUGAUAAAAUUUGAUUCCAAUUUGUUUGUGUGGUUUGCCCUAUGGAAGAUAGGCAAGAUGCAGGGGCCGAAGGGCAAGGGCCGGGGCCAAGAGAUCAACACGGUAUUUCAGAAUAUAUCAAGCAUCAAAGGCUACACGAAGGAGAACUGGGGGCUUGAGGUCGAGCUUGACCAGAACUGGCUCAACAGCCAAAAGAAUGGCUGGAAGGUGGAGCGGGUUACUAGUAAGACCCAGGGCCCAGCUCCACGGUUUCGGAAGCUUGCAAUUGUCAUGGACCUUGCCUUUCUGAAGGGCGAUGAGUUACGUCCGGAGAUGAGAUCUUUCCAGGAUUUGAUAAAACUUGGAAAUGAUAAUAUUCUCCAAAACUUGAUAAUUCCACCUGGGGAGACAGAGGACCGUCGGUUUCCCUCCAUCGUUAGCGAGGGUGGGCUUCAGUUUAGACCACCGGAGCGAGGUUCAAUGUGUUAUAUAGAGCCCGAAUUUGAAGAAUUCAGUUCUUUUGAUCAUGCAAGGCACAUGCCAGAUGGCUCAUUCAUCGACCCCGCUAACGCGGGCGAACGUUUGCUGUUUGCCCGGGCCAUGGCCGUGUGGUUGAAUGCUAGUUCUGCGGAGAGAGGCUUUGCGCUGGAGAAGAUUGACGACAAUCGACCCAGAAAUGUAUGGUUCCUCACCACCGAGUCAAACAGCCUUGUUGUCAGAGAGACACAGGACGGCGGUGUCCGGCCAUACGGAGUGGUCGCCAAGCGCGGCAAAUUCUGGUUUUUGAUGAUGAAUCGCGCUGUUACGAACCAUCGAGAAGAGACAAGGAAUCCUGUCUUCGACGAUCUCAAGUGCAGCGAGUUUGCUGCUUUGUACUGCUCCAUCCCUAAUGGCUUUGUCAGGAAAGACAAAAAGAUGGAACUCAUUCAUGGAGGUAAUCGGUUGCCAAAACCAGUCGAUUUCGAGUGGGGGUGUCAAGGCCUUGCGGGUCUGCUCCAGAGGUUUUGUGACAUCGAUGGAUCCAAUCAGUCGGCGGCCAAGGAUCUGCCCUGCUGGACGGAAAUUAAACACCUGGUCACAAACUAUGGUAUUCCGAACCCCUUUUGGGCCAUCCACACCCUGGUGAAAGCGACAAUGGAUGUGGUACCUUCUUCCAACAAUGAGGAGCACAUAUCUACUUUCAACAAGACCAAUUACGAGUCUAAGUACUAUGCGGACCAUUACAUUUCGUACCUUAGAGGCUAUCAGACUUUCAUGGAGAAGAAUGGUGUCACUGUGAUCGAUGAUAAGCUGCUCACUAAGUUUCAGGAUGACUUCUUGCCACAGCAUAAGGAUCAAGGUCUGGCCACUGCAGCGGUAUAUCAUGACCGCGCAGGCGUUUCCCUUACUCAGGCAACGUGUACCUACAACGUGGGCUGCUACACUGGAGGCGAGCUUAAGCUGCCUAGUUUCGAUGAGAGCCCUGCUCAAUCAGAGCUUCAGAACGUUUGUCAACAGACUUUCAGUCUUCACUCUAAGGCAGCAGCGAAGCUUGAAGCUUUUGAUGGAGUACUCUUCAACAUCUCUAGCUUUUGUUCAAACAAUAAACUCUCCAACACCCAAACUCUUGUCGAUCACCUUAACUCUGUGCAACCUGGUUGCAUCGACCUUGGCGAUCACGCUCUUAUGACUUACAAGGAUGUCAAUUUUGAGUUGGAAUCUUGUUAUCUCUCCCGGUCAUCCUACCUUGGCUACGUAAACGGCGAAAAUGUGAAAGGCAACAAAGUAUACUCCAUACAACGAGCCUCUCCUACUUUCACUAGUUGGGCGAACAUCCUCAUUCUAGAUGACAGACACAAGAACAAGAUGUUUAGAGGGAUACGCGGCUUAACUUUCAAUGAAAUCCUCCGGAUCAAUCACCUCGCCGAAAAGCAAGAAGAUUUCCUGAGAUCUAUUCCUGAAGAUCAAGCCUACACCUACAUAGCUAACGCAGUGCCCUCUGGAAUGCUUCAUGCCGUCUAUAAAGCGGUCAUUGAUGAUUUGGAUGGUGGCUUAAACCGCGGGGGAGCGUACUAUGUUCUUUCCAAUCUAGUCGCAUUCAAGACACCAAAGAAGAACACAGCAACGCACUUGAUUGGCAGAGUUAUGAAUUGCAUGUUCCAACCAAAGAAUGAUACGGGACAUGCUCUGAACAAUUCCUAUUCUGAAUUUCCAAAGAUUGAUACUGAUGUGUCCAAGAAAAGGAAUGUGCGCACUGCAAAACACAAUACUACUACCCGCGAUACCACUGAAGCUGCUAGUAAGAAACGUAUGCGUGACUUUCACCGCAUCUAUCACUGUAACAAUGACGUUGCGGCUAAGACAAUGCAGUGUACUACCAACCAUCGUCUUCUUCCUGGUGAUAUUAAGCACAAGCAAAAUUGCAUGGAAUGUUCCAUUUGCAAGAACGAUAAGAACCCUCGCCGACACUUCAACACCAACCGAGCAACAUGUGGUCCUCCUUAA